AUGACAGCCAUUGUUGAUUUGUUAAACUGUGAUACUUAUACCGAGCAUAUUUUUUGCAAUAACCGAUUAAAAUCAUUUACGAAAAAUGCUUGGCCUCAUCAACAUUCUGCCAAUUUAUCAGCGGAAAAGAUGGCUCAGGCGGGUUUUUUCUUCGAUCCAGAUGACGAAAAUCCUGAUAGUGUCAGCUGUCCAUUUUGCCUUAAAAGUUUGACCGGAUGGGAAGAUGGUGACGAUCCUUUAGUAGAGCAUGCAAAACGGAAGGAUAUUUGCUACUUUACUCGCAUAAGGAAAGAUGAAAAAGAAUGGACAGUUGAAGAUUUCUUACGACUUCUUGCUCAGCGAAGAGCAUCCUUAAUGUUGUUAAUUGCACACAAAGCGAUCGAUGGUGCGAAGGAUGCCAUGGAAAGUGUGAAAAAGAGAAUAGAUGUUCUGACUGAAAAUAGACAAAAGAAGACAGCAAAGACGAAGAAAUAA